CACGCAUUUCGCACCCUCUCUGCCGAUCUGCCCAGCCCUGCCAGCCGCAGCCGAGCCUCGUCCCAUCGCAAUCCCUCCCCCAGGCCCCAAGGCCCCCCCUCCUCGUCACUCUGCCCGCCCGCCAACCAUGGGAAACCUCUGCUCCAAAGGCUCAAAGAACUUCCAGGGCGACGGUCGCACCCUCGGCUCCUCGGCCACAAACGAUGCCGCCGCCCGGCCCGCCGCCCCUGCCGACAUUGAGCGCCACAGCCAGCCCGCCCAGCGCAGCGCAUUGCAAGGCAACGGCCGGAAGCUGGGUGGCAGCGCGUCCGCCCCCGACGGCGACAACAACCCGCGAAGUGCCGCCGCCAGGGCCGCCGAGGAGCGCGCCGCAGCCCAUCAGGCAAAGACGACAAAAUCCCAGCGCAAGACCGGCCGCGCAACUCUCGAGGAGGCCAGCUACGCCGAGCGUAGAGCUAGGGACGCCGACCAGAUGGCCGACGCGAGGGCCUGGAAUUGAGGCUCGAUGUCGUAGCCAGUCGUCCCUCCUCGGCGGCUCCGCAUAUUUGUACACCAUAUUGGUGGAAUCGCAUGCGCUGUCGGCGCUGACCACGUUGGUCUGAGGAAUGAGGGGGGAGAGACGACUCGGGGACAUUGGUAUAUUGCGGGGCGAACAGGGACUUCUUAGGCGAAAGUGUAAUGGGAGGCGGCGCAUUCUGGAUACCCAGGGAGGUGGUUCAUUGUUGAGCUUAGCAUUUCUGCGCGACAUCGACACUCGUGCAGCUACUUGGUAAGACACAUAGUGGUCGCUAAUAUUUAUUUUGGUCGCAUACUUCAAUCACGGCACAUCACCUACUUAACC